CCUGAUGCAUCUUUGCAAAUAAAGAGCAGGUGAAGAGCAGCCACUCGCAGCAGCAGUACCACAACAGCAGAUUACACCCUUUAUCCCUCUAGAUCACUAGCGGGCAAAGAUGAACGGCACUGAGGGAAACAACUUCUAUGUCCCCUUGUCCAACAGGACAGGUCUAGUGAGGAGUCCUUUUGAAUAUCCUCAGUAUUAUCUAGCUGAACCAUGGAAGUUUAAAGUGCUUGCUGUCUACAUAUUCUUCCUCAUCUGUUUGGGUCUACCAAUCAAUGGCCUUACAUUGGUGGUUACAGCUCAACACAAAAAGCUCAGACAACCUCUCAACUUCAUUUUGGUUAACCUGGCUGUGGCUGGUUCCAUCAUGGUUUGUUUUGGAUUCACGGUCACUUUCUACACAGCAAUUAAUGGCUACUUUGUUCUGGGACCAAUUGGCUGCGCGAUCGAGGGCUUCAUGGCCACACUUGGAGGUGAAGUUGCCCUUUGGUCACUUGUGGUGCUGGCUAUCGAAAGAUACAUUGUGGUCUGCAAACCAAUGGGUAGUUUCAAAUUCUCUUCCACCCAUGCUUCUGCAGGAAUUGCAUUUACAUGGGUAAUGGCCAUGGCAUGUGCGGCUCCACCUUUGGUUGGCUGGUCCAGAUAUAUUCCUGAAGGAAUGCAGUGCUCAUGUGGACCAGACUACUACACCCUGAAUCCUGAAUACAACAAUGAAUCAUAUGUCAUCUACAUGUUCGUCUGCCAUUUUAUAUUGCCAGUCACCAUAAUAUUCUUCACCUAUGGACGGCUUGUUUGCACAGUCAAGGCGGCUGCAGCUCAACAGCAGGACUCAGCAUCUACCCAGAAGGCUGAAAGGGAAGUGACAAAAAUGGUCAUCCUGAUGGUUUUGGGUUUCCUAGUGGCUUGGACCCCUUAUGCCACUGUUGCUGCCUGGAUCUUCUUUAACAAGGGAUCAGCUUUCAGUGCCCAGUUCAUGGCUAUUCCAGCCUUUUUCUCAAAGACCUCAGCCUUAUAUAACCCUGUCAUCUAUGUGCUGCUAAACAAACAGUUCCGGAGCUGCAUGCUGACCACCCUUUUCUGUGGGAAGAACCCUCUUGGUGAUGAGGAGUCCUCAACUGUGUCCACCAGCAAGACGGAGGUGUCCUCUGUAUCUCCAGCAUAAACUUUUGGACCUCUCACAGAUUAUAUUCUUUUAGUGACUGAACAAUGUGGGCAUCUGAAAAAAAGGGGGGGGGGGGGCAGUUGAAUUAGUUUUUGGUUGUGUUCACUAUCACCAUUAACUGUGAAAGCAGAAGACACAGAUCUUUGAUGUAUGCAAACUUUAAAAGUAUUUAUUUGAUGAUCAGUGAACAUUGAAAUGUUUUUUUUUUUUAAUGCACGGGGGGUGAUGGGGAGGGGGCUAGCAUUUGUAUCUUUUGCCUAAAAUGUGUAUAUAUUUUGUAAAUAAUGAUAAAGAAAUACAUAGAAAUAAAUACUGGCAUUAAA